AUGAUUGUUUGCCACGCAAAUUUCUUCUUGCUUGCAUUGGUAGCAUUAGUAUCAGCCAAAAAUGUCUCGCUAUAUCCUCCUCUUUAUGCGAAGCACUCGAGUUCAACACCUAUUUUUGUCAAUACCACAGGUCAAACAGCAAAUCCUUUGAUAAGAGCGCUUGGUGUUGACCAAAGGUUGGUCAAACGCCAAAGCACAUCACUGCCGACGGGAACUUGUAUGCGCCUGCAGAUACAUCGAGCUGUCCUCUUAAUGUCUGUUGCUCUUACUAUGGGUUCUGCGGUACGACUGAUGGGUACGGCUCCUGUGGCGAUGUCGCGGAGCCGUCAUGUUCAGGAACUACCGUCAACGCCCGAACGAUUGGAUACUAUGAGUCAUGGUAAAAGCAACAAGGUCACAAUUAUUCGAAGAAUCCAAAGUCUGAAGAGUCACAGGUCAAGUACACGCAGCUGCGAUAGCAGAGCGCCAUCAGAUCUUGAUCUUACUGGGUUUUCACAUAUAAACUUCGCCUUUGCAUUUUUCAAUCCCACAACAUUUGAAAUAACUCAAAUGAACGCUGGUGAUGAGAAAUUGUACUCUGAAUUCACAGAUAUGAAGUCGAAAUAUCCCGGUUUACAAGCUUAUAUAUCUAUUGGAGGAUGGUCCUUCAAUGACGAUACCAAUUCUCCCAACACACGCACUGCUUUCAGCGACAUGGUCAGCAGCGCAUCUAACAGGGCAGCUUUUAUCUCCUCUCUCAGCAGUUUUAUGCAGACCUAUGGCUUUGAUGGCGUUGACAUAGAUUGGGAGUAUCCUGCAGCAUCUGAUCGCGGAGGCGUUCCUGCCGAUACUGCGAACUUCGUCAGUUUGGUAAAGGAGCUACGGGGCAAAUUUGGCACCACCAAGGGCGUCACGGCCACGUUGCCCUCUUCGUUUUGGUAUCUUCAAGGAUUCGAUGUUGUCGGGAUGGCAGACUACGUGGAUUGGUUCAACUUCAUGAGCUACGACAUCCAUGGUGUAUGGGACUCGACAUCAAAAUUCACGGGGCCCUAUAUCAGGCCACACACUAACUGGACUGAAAUUGCCGAGGGGCUUGAUUUACUUUGGCGUGCUGGAGUUGCACCACAAAAGGUUACACUUGGCCUAGGGUGGUAUGGAAGAUCCUUCACUCUCGCUGAUGAAACUUGCGUUACACCUAAUGGGAUCUGCUUGUUCUCAGCAGGAGGCAGCCCUGGAGAAUGUACUCAGUCUUCUGGAACCCUAUCUAACGCCGAAAUAUUUCGAAUCAUAGACGAGUAUUCACUCGAACCAACCUAUGAUGAUGAUGCAGCGGUAAACUGGGUCUAUUGGGAUGAGACACAGUGGUGUCUUGGUGGCAUCAUGAUAUGGUCCAUUGAUCAGGACAAUACCAACGACGAUAGCAUGUCGGAUUUCUUGGGCAUUGGUCCGACCAACGGAAAUACAGCUGAAGAAACCGCAGAACUUAAAGCGCAACUUUCUGUAGCGACUACAGCGACGGCCGUGCAGACUUCUUGUUAUUGGUCGUUCUGUGGGCAAGGGUGCGACGAUGCCUACUUCCCUGUCACUCAAGCCAAAGGAGAAGUUGGAAAUAACGGUGUGGUUGCCUCUGUCAACACCGUAUGCAACGGCACGGAUGUGCAAUCUUUGUGUUGUGCGCCUGGCACCACGCUGGGGACGUGCCAAUGGGAAGGGUACAAUGGCGUGGGUAUGGCCUGCUCAGCAGCUUGCUCCAAUGAUUCAGCAGUUGUUAUUGCAGAGAAUACAAACCACUAUUACAAUGAUCCUGAAACAAGCACUCUUGAAGACCAGACCUGCAAUGGAGGAUUCCAGGCUUACUGCUGCCUCGGCUUUAUUGCUUCCGCCACUGCUAAUACUGGUAGCCUUGAUCUCAUCGAUCAAACCACUUCAUCUAAGCGCAGUCUGCAAAAGCGCGGAGUCAGCGGAGUUGCUGGGCGUGUCUGCCUUAGUGCAGCUGAGAUCGCAGUCGAUGCAAUUGCUGCUGCUGCCGCCGCUUGGUUCACGUUCGGUGCCUCUGAAAUUGCCUUCGCUGCUGAAGUUGCUGCAAAUGUCGCUUGUCUAGCACUAGCUGCAGCCGCAACAGUUGAAGCCGCUCUUCACAUGCUAUGGUUCUUCGUACAAAACGGCCUGCGAGUGGACCUCAGGGCGGAUCAAAUCCGAAAAACCCUAAGACAGGAAAUACUGGAGGGUCCAAGACCGCUUACGGACAGUGGAGCAUCGCAACAUAUCCUAGCACCAGUGAUGCAGUAUCAUGCGAUUGCAGCGUCACCUACACAUGCGUCUAUGGGUAACGACGAUCCCUUCAAGUCUGUUCAGAUGGAUACUAACACAAGAGCUAGAAUGACAGCUACAGCCGGUGGCUGGGAUGAAGUCUGUGAUAAUCAGAGAUGGGCCAUAGAUAAGCUGUUGAACGGACGUCUUGCCGACUCAAAUUAUGCGAAAGCGCAAUGGUCGCCUCAGCACUCGGGUUGGCAAGCAGCGGCGCAAACAGCUAUCGCUGGUGUUGCUAGAUGCCAAGUAGAUGAGUUCCCGAUGGGUGCACUAAUUGAAGGGAGACUUCCGAACUCACAAGCUUGUCGUCUUGUAAAUGGCCCAGCGAAUGGGCGCCAAGGAACAGAUUUUCAGCAGUUCCUUCUGGCCCAAUGGACCCCAUGCAGCUCAUAUAAGCAGAAUGAAUGUGGCACACCGAAUCCAGAUGUUCCAAUAACAUGGGCUUUCUCCGGUAUGGACGCAAAUCGGAUCGCAGGCAGCAACGUCCCUCCUCACUUUGUGCAACACUAUGGCUUUGACUCGCAAACCGUCGGCUCAGAAUGCUGGGCAACCGCAACUUUCAAUGAUCCAAGUGGAAAUCCAGUAGUCAGCACCGUUACUGACCAUGGCUUCCGUGUCCUCAACGGUGAUCCUAUGAUUACCAGUGCAAACUACGACUGGCCACUCCAGAGCUAUCGUCCCUCACCCUAUGCAGGCCAGCCAGACCAACCGUCUAGUAUAGCUAGUGCUGCAUAUCAGAAACGACAAGAAGCGCUUUUGAGUCUCCAAGGCCAAUACAUUGGAUCGGAAAUCAAUUGCGAGAAAUGCGAUGUGUUCAUUGAUAAGUCCGGAAGACAGUUCUAUCACCCUCAUUGGAGUGGUCAUCCCCAUACUACCUCUACUACGACUGCUGUUGCGCAUGGAGGAACAAAUGUCGCCAUCAAGGCAGGAAGUACGCCUGUGAACAAGGUGCCGAGAGAGACUAGUCACUAA